AUGUAUCUUGCUUGUGAGAGGAGUGGCCAAUAUAGAGCGAGAAAGAAGUUAAAACAUGAUGUCAACAAUAUAUCAAGAAUAACCGGUACGAAGAAGUGUGGUUGUCCUUUUGAUAUGAGGGCUCACAGGUUUACCACACAUGAUGAAUGGACAUUGACCGUAGUAUGCGGAUUGCAUAAUCAUCCACCUGCGGAGCACCUUGAGGGACAUUCAUAUGCGGGAAGGCUAUCAAAGGAUGAGAAAGCAUUGUUAAUGGAUAUGUCAAAGAGCAUGGUUCGGCCAAAAGAAAUCCUAGUAACCUUGAAACAGCGAGAUGCCCUCAAUGUAAGCACACUUAAAACCAUUUACAAUGUACGCCAUCGAAACUGGGUGGUACAGAGAGCUGGAAGAUCACAGAUGCAACACUUAUUGGGUGAAUUGGCCAAAUAUCGUCUUCCUCUUCUUGAAAUUAUGGGAGUGACAUCAACUGAAAUGACAUUGUUUGUAGCUUUUGCAUACUUACAGGAUGAGAGGGUCGAUAACUAUGCGUGGGUGUUAGCUACAUUGCGUGAUGUCAUGGAUGGUUUUGUUGUGCCAACAAUUAUUGUUACUGACAGAGAGCUAGCCUUGAUGAAUGCCAUACAGAAGAUAUUUUCGAGUGGCAGACAUUUAUUAUAUCGUUGGCAUAUCAUGUAUUCAUCUUCUGAAAUUCAAUACAAUGAGCGUCUGAAAUCAUUACUUAAGGAAUUCAGUAGUUAUCCUAAUGCAGUCAAAUGCGUCAUGGAUACUUGGGCUAAGAGUGCACAUGCAAAACUUAAAAGACAAUUAGGUUCAUGUCAAGUCUUAUUUCAGGCAUCAUUUGAGAAAAAACACAGUUUGCUUGAGUUGCAACACACUGAUAUCAAGGCUUCAUUUGAGAAAAGUCUAACUGUUGUGCAACAUCAAUUUAAACCUUCUCAGUUCAGGGAGCUACGGGGUAAUAUGUCUAUCUCUGCAUUGAAGUAUUUGCCUGUAGAGACUAAAAGAGCCAAUUCCAUUGGUAUUGAUGUUGAAGCUUGUAGAUGCGUCCUUCGCUACACUCAUGGUUUACCUUGUGCCCAUGAGAUUGCUGACUACAUCAGACAAGAUCGUCCUAUACCACUUGCUACCAUACACUCACAGUGGAGGCAACUUCAUAUCUCCAUAUGCAAGAAAGAAGAGGAAACGAAAGUGAGUUGUCAUGCAGAAGUAGAGUUGUUUGUGAACAAGUUUAAUGAAAGUGAUAGAACCAUGCGGUUGGAGAUUUUGAAGAAUUUGAAAGAGAUUGUAUAUCCGGGAAGCAUUUUUCUUGUUGAGCCGAAGGUAAAGCCCAAAACACGUCCUUGGGAUCUUAAGAAGAUCAAUGUUUCUACCCGUCGUGACCCGCGUGCAUUUGAGUUGGUGCAAUCUAGACAUGAUUCCUUCUCACCUAGGGACACUCAAAUCACUACAUUAGCUUCUAUUCUGCAAACCAAGAAGAAGCGACCUGUUAAGGGAAAGGAGAAGGUGAAUUCGAAAGGGAAGGUAUACAUUACUAGAACAGUGAAACCUGGUGCAUAUGUUGAUGCUUUCCCAUCUGGGUUGAAACCAUACAUUAAGUUUGUCAAGGAUGUAGCUGCAGAUGGGAAUUGUGGUUUCAGGGCUAUAGCUGCUUCAAUUGGUCAUACAGAAGAUGAUUGGGCUCAGGUUAGGCGUGAUCUGUUGGGUGAGCUGCACACACACAAAGAGGAAUACAUUACACUUUAUGGGUCCUACGAAAGAACAGUGUUCGUACCUCAACUUGAUAGACGUGAGAUUGCCACUGGGUUUGUCAACGGAAAUCAUUUCGUCCAGGUUUUGUUGCAGUCAGGCCAUCCAGUUCCUCCUAUAGCCACUAAUUGGCGAAAAUACCGUCACCCUUGCGCUGUCGACUAG